GCUCAGCUGCUGGUGCCGGGCUUCAAGUCGGCGCCGGAGCUCUGGGCGGCGGACUGCGCGGGUUGGGAGGAGCGGCUGGAGGGCCUGGCGCGGCGCUGCCUGCGGGCGCGGCUUAGAGGCGCCUCUCCGGGCGCGUCCUCCAGCGCCACCGGGCUGAAGCUGCGGCUGCUGCGGGUGGCGCACGGUCGGCCCAAGAGGGAGCCACGGAGGUGCGGACCGCAGUGCCUUGCGCUGCUGCUGCAGGAUGUGCGCCGGGUCGUGGCCUCCAGCAACCCAGAGGAGGCCGCCGCUGCGGCGCUGUGCUUCCACCUGCUGCUCCUGCGACAGGAGGUAGACGCCUCCACUCCCAAGAAAGCCUCUGGCCCACUGCUGCGGCGGCUCGGGAGCUUGUGGCAGGCCACGCUGGCGCUGCGCUGGGCGCCGCUGCUGGCGGCGGGGUGGCCGGUCUUCGGGCUGCUGCAGCAACUGGUGGACGCCUGGCCCCGCCAGUUGCGCUUUGCCCGCCUCACCAACGUCUCCGCCGACUGCGUCCUUGCCGAAGGCCCCUCGCCGCUAAAGGCCGCCGCUGGGGACAUCUUAGCGCAGCUCAACGAGGGGGGGCUGUCGGUGCCAGGGGUCUUGGAGCCUGCGCCUUGCGGGUGGGUGGAGAGCUUCGCAAGGAGGCUGUUGUCCGCGUGGGCCGUGUACCACGACAACUCCUUCUGGUACCGGGUCUUCGAUUUGCGGAAGCGCUACUUCAAGCUGCUCCCCGAGACACCGGGAUUCGAGAUGGUGCUGGAAGGGGCGCGGCUGGGGGUGCUGCGACUCUUCACGGCCCAGCGGCCAGGGCUCAUCGCGGCGGAGAUGCUGCGGAGCGGGUGGAACGCCUGGGAUGUGUUGGGCUCUCUGGAGGUCUUCUUCCUCUUCCGGAGCUACGGCAUCCUGAAGGAGAUCCUCCCGCCGGAGCCCACCAUCAUCGAGGGGGGCGCCAACGAUGGCAUCCACGUGGCCAACUGGAUGGACCACUGGCCGAAGGCGCGGGUCUUGGCCUUCGAGCCGGACCCCACCUGCUUCAGCCAGCUGCAGCGGAACCUGGGCUCGCGGCUCCUCAGCGCGCGGACGGGGAGUCAGCUCUUCAACCGGGCGCUGGCCGGCAGCGUGGGCACUCAGAAGCUGCUGCUGCGGGGGGAGAACCACUCCAAAAGCGCAGUGAACAUGCUCCACGAGCCCAGCGAGUGGUACCUCCAAAACUUCCCGGAGAUCACCUGGGCGCCGCAGAGCGUCGCCGUGCGCACCACCACGUUAGAUGCUUUGCGUGCGGAGGGCCUUCAAGCUGUAGACUACAUCGAGCUAGAUGUCCAGUGCAGCGAGUACGAGGUGCUGAAGCCCUCGGUGAAGAUUCUGCCCACGGCCACGGUCUUACAGCUGGAGACCUGCAUCUCCCCGGGCAUGUGUAAGGGUACUCCCUUCUGGCCCGAGCUGGACGCGAUGCUGAAGACCAAAGGCUUCUCGCUCUUGGCCACCGACGUGCGCCCCGAUUCCCUGGGCGACCCGGAGGAGCUGUGCUUCGACGUCUACUACGCCAACCUGGCGCGUGAGCCCACGGCCGCCCUGGCGGCGCUGGAGGUGGCCAUGGACCUGGACGUGCACAAGGCUUCCCUGGCACUGGGCAAGAGGCCAGCGCAGAGGCCGCGGCCAAGAGAGGGUCUGCGGCAGGCGCCUGUGGAGAAGGCCAAGGGCGAAGAGAAAGACAGGUCGCCGCGGGUGGUGCUGACCGCCCAGCUUGCCGCGAGGCUCCUGAAGGAUCUCCUCGAAGCAUUCAAGGCCAGCUCCUCCGUCGAGGAGGCGAGGGCCCUGGUGGGCGCCUCUUGGGGCUUCAGCAGCAGCGCCGAGAUGACGCAGUGCAUCGAGGCGAGGGCGUCGAUCCGCGCCUGCGGCGAGGCCAGCCGUUGGCAGCAGGCCGUGCAGCUGCUGGGCGCGCUGAUCGCCGAAGACCUCGCGGACGAUUUCAGCUUUACCUUUGCCAUCGGCGCUUGUGAGAAGGCGUCGCAGUGGCGGCAAGCCUUGGACUUGCUGACGGCGGUGUUUGUGCACAAGACUGAGCCCUCCGUGUUCCCCUUCAACAGCGCCUUGAGCGCCUGCGCCUGCGGCUUGCAGUGGCAGAUCUCUUUGGGCUUGCUGGAGGACCUUGAGGCGCGACAUCUUCGGGCGGAUGUGGUGACCUACAAUUGCCUCAUUAGGUCUGCUGACUGGGCCCUGGCUCUGUUCUUCCUGCGGUCCCUUCCUUCGCAAGCUGUGCGGCCCACGGUGAUCAGCUUCAACGCCGCGCUGGACGCCUGUGGCAAAGCGGGCCAGUGGACCCAGGUCCUGGCGCUGCUGGAGGAGCUGGACGCGGAUCGCGGGCUCCAGGUGAGCGAGGUGACGCUGAGUACGGUGAUGAGCGCCUGCGGCCAGGUGGCCAGGUGGCAGGAGGCGGCCGCGUCGUGGCCCGCGCUGGCCAUCUCAGUGGUCAACGUGGUGGCCUUCAACGCGUUGAUCAGCGCCUACGACCAGGGCGCCCGGUGGCAGGAGGCCAUCCAGGCUCGUCACGGGCAACUUCUUAGCCGCCUUGCGCAGGGCUGCCAGCCGGACAUCGUGAGUUACAACGCGGUGAUCUCAGCCUGCGAGAAGGGUGGCAAGUGGCAACAGGCCCUGGGCGAGCUGUCGGCGGCGGCGCGGCGAGGCCUGGCCUUCAGCGCGGUGACGUGGAUCGCGGCCGUGGCCGCCUGCGGCGUGGCGCGGUGGCCGCAGGCGCUGGCGCUGCUGGCGGAGGCGACGCGGCGGUCCCAGGGCGAAGGCAUCAUCGGGAACGCCGCCAUCGGCGGGGAGUGGCUGGUGGCGCUGAACCUUCUGCAGGCCUUGGAAGGCCUUGGCGCCGGAUCGGUGGUGGCCACCAACUCCGCCAUCACCGCCUGCGAGCGGGGCACCUUCUGGCGGCCCGCCCUGGACCUGCUGUGCCACCUGCGGGCCUCGAGGCGGGCGCCGGAUGUGAUCUCCUACAACGCAGCCAUCAGCGCCUGUGAGAAGGCGUGCAGGCGAACGCGUCCAUGA